AUGGCGAACGAUGGCUGUUUUCCGCACUAUGACCCUUCGUCGCAUGGAGGAGGAUUCGAUUUUACCCUCGUCGAUAUCUCCGAGAAGCUUAGGAUGGACGACGAUACUUUGAAGGAUGGCUUCAGUCUCCUUGCCAAUCUCAGAUGCAGCUACUUUCAGCGACCUAACUCUCAACGUGAACGCAAGCUCUGGUACUGCUACGGGAGAUUGCCGUACGGACCAAACGGCAACAACAAACCAUCUGCGACCAUCUUGUGCGGAUCGCUCCUCAGCCAGUGCAGGAUUCCCGCCAAGGUGUUCGCAUUAUCCUACUUCUGGGUGAGAGAACUUGGCCUUGUUAAGAACAAGAUGCAUGAGCUUGGGAUAAGACACACGUCCAUUGUACAAUAA